UCUCUCGCUCUCUCACUUUCACAAGAUAAGCCUCAGAGACUCUGAAUCUUCUUCAAUUUUGCGAAAAACCCUAAUAAUUUAUAGCUCUCUAUGGCGUUAGGGUUUCGAUUGGACUAAAGCCUUUCUUGCACUCCGAAAAUGAAUGUUUCGGUAACUUUUCGCGGGAAUUUUGUCCCCAUAUCGCAGUGCAGCUCUUGUUGCGAUCUUCGUUUUCAGCCGUACUUUGCUUCCUCGACAGGGUCUCGGAGAAAGCGGUGUCGUUGGAGCUCCUUGAAGUUGGACCAGGUUUCAAGACUUUGUGGGAAGCGAGAGAUUGCUUGUAGAGCGACUGAGACACCGACUGAACCAGAUAGCAAUGACGAUAAGGAAAAAGAAGUGGAUAAUGAUGGGGAAAUGCCACAUUCCACUUCUUCCUCUGUGCAAAAUGACCCCCAGCCUGAUUCUCGGCCUUUUGUUCCCGAACAAGUAAACAACAGUGAUGAGGAAACUCAGGCUCAAGGUGGAGUCCAGGAUGUUGAUAGUGUAGAAGUUGCAAGUGGAUCACCUCUGCCAGGUGUGAAGCCGCAGCAACUGGAUGAAUUGAUCAGGAUUCCAAAGGAAACAAUUGAAAUUUUUAGGAAUCAAGUGUUUGGCUUUGAUACUUUUUUCGUGACAAGCCAGGAUCCGUAUGAGGGUGGAGUGUUGUUCAAAGGGAACCUGCGAGGGCAGGCUGCUAAAAGUUAUGAAAAGAUAGCAAAGAGAUUGCAGGAUAAUUUUGGGGAUCUAUAUAAGCUUUUUCUUCUGGUCAAUCCUGAGGAUGAUAAACCAGUGGCAGUUGUAGUUCCACGAAAGACCUUGCAACCAGAGACAACUGCUGUCCCAGAGUGGUUUGCUGCUGGGGCCUUUGGAUUGGUCACAGUGUUUACCUUACUACUUCGGAAUGUGCCUGCUUUGCAGUCCAACUUACUAUCAACUUUUGACAAUCUCGACUUGUUAAAAGAUGGCCUACCUGGAGCAUUAGUAACUGCACUUAUCCUGGGGGUACAUGAACUCAGCCACAUUUUCGUUGCAAAUAGCAUUGGAAUUAAGCUUGGUGUCCCAUACUUCGUUCCUAGUUGGCAGAUAGGCUCUUUUGGUGCUAUUACAAGGAUUAUAAAUAUCGUACCUAAACGUGAAGAUCUUCUGAAGGUUGCAACAGCAGGACCUUUAGCCGGGUUUUCAUUUGGUCUUGUUCUUUUGCUUUUAGGGUUCCUCCUACCACCUACAGAUGGUAUUGGUGUUGUUGUCGAUGCUUCUGUAUUUCAUGAGUCAUUUCUUGCCGGGGGUAUUGCAAAGCUACUUCUCGGCAACGUGCUCAAGGAAGGCACUUCCAUAUCUCUUAAUCCUCUUGUACUAUGGGCAUGGGCCGGACUCCUUAUUAAUGCCAUCAACAGCAUCCCUGCUGGAGAGCUUGAUGGAGGGAGAAUCUGUUUUUCCAUAUGGGGAAGAAAGGCUUCAGCUCGCGUCACAGGUGCCUCUAUCGUGCUGCUUGGAUUAUCAUCACUAUUUAGUGAUGUGGCAUUUUAUUGGGUAGUUCUGAUAUUCUUCUUACAAAGGGGGCCAAUUGCUCCACUUUCUGAGGAAAUAACUGAUCCUGAUGAAAAGUACGUUGCCCUUGGAGUACUAGUUUUGGCUUUAGGUUUGCUAGUAUGCUUACCAUACCCAUUCCCCUUUACAGAUGAAGCAAUUACAAGUUUCUAGAAACACUUUCCGCAUACGCUCUAAACCAUCUGAUAGAAUUGAAAAGCCAUUUUGGUAGGAUCUGUCUUAGAAAAUUACUCAAAUGUAUUGUUUCACACGAAUAAUAUUUCGGAAAAGUAUCCGUUUUUCUUAA